AUGGAUAAUGAAAAAAAUCAGAAGAAUGAUGAAAGUGACAAGAAUGUACCAAGUGAAUCAGUACAAGAAGCAACUAAAAAUGUUUUUCCUGAAAUGCUUCACAGUGAUUCUUUCUCUAACCACAAAAUAAACAGAUUUUCAACUGAAGGACAGAGAAACCCUGAGAAAAAACCUGAAGAGAAUGGUGCAGCCAAAAGACUGUUACUUGAAUCUGCAGAUCAAGACUUCAUUGAAACAAAUAUACUGGAAAAUGAACCUGUCUCAAAACGAUUAAAGCUGACUGUUUCAGAACACACCAAAGAUUAUGAAAGCAAACUACCUAGUACCCCAGUGCGUGAAGAUUCUGUUGAUGGGAGCAGCUGUACUGUAGAUAAAGCUUUUGAAGGGAUAGAAAGAUGUCCCUGUAAUGAUGGGUUUGUUUCAAAAGUUUCAUGUGUACCUGAAGGUGAUACUCCACAGGAAAUACAUGAGGAAACGGGCCAUUCCCAAGAGGAUGAAACAGCUAAUCCUGUGUCUAAAUCUUUUUUCCGAGAUGAUGAAACAAGUGUUAGCUGUACAACUGGUAGCACUGUAGAUGUUUCUAAAUGUGAAACCUGUGAAAGAGUUUUUUCCACUUAUACUGAUUUAGAAAAGCAUAUUCAAGAAACCCAUCUGAUGCAACCCAAAGAAUAUGUCAGCCCACAGAGGGCUCGUAAAUCAGAACACAUUCCAUCUUUAAAAAUGCGUGUCAAGCAGGCUCAUGGGCAACUUAAAUUAUAUUUUUGUGAUCUCUGUGGUUUUCAGUCUUUUGAGGAAGAUCUCUUGCGAGGUCAUUUUCUUGGCAAGACCCACCUCCGAAGACAAAAUCUUGCUGCCCGGGGAGGAUUUGUAAAGAUAUUGACGAAAAAAUCUUUUCAUAAAAAACAGCAGAACCCAUGUCAAGGAAAGAAUGCAAGAGUAAAAUCUACAGUUAAUAAUAAGCCUAAAAUAAGGAAUACUGAUUCAAAUCAAUUGAUAACUUCAAAUAACACAGCAAACAACUUGAAAACGAGCAGCCAAUUGUUUGUUGAAAUGACUCCAUCUAAAGAUAUUUCCAGAGAGAGUGUUAACAACGAGGAAGUGUUUUUCUGCAAUGCAGAUGGAAAUCAUGAUGUCCAGGCUGAACAGAAUAUUUCAGAGUCCUCAGACUGCAAUCCAGAUGUAUUGGAGCCUGUUAAGGGUAACCAAGAGAAAGUUAGCAAUUUAAGCACCACAGGGAUGUUUGACAGAUUCCAACAAAAAAGAAAUACCUUGGCACGAAGAAUAACUUUCAAACAAAGUGGUUCGUUCAGACUAAACCAGCAGAUUAAAAGACGGUAUCAUUUGCUGGGCAUUGGUAAAAGAAGCAAGCCCGAUUCCAGUUUGAAGCACAGCACUGGGGAAGAGUGCAGUCAGGAUGAUUUGUCACAGGUCUCCUUAAAAGUGUUAGAAAUGGAAGGUGAUGUUAACUCUUUAGGCAAAACAGCUUCAAACAAACAGGAGCUUAAUCCAGAUAGAACAGAAGCAUGCUCUCUUGCCAUGGAAUUUGACAAUUCUAAAAAAAACCCUCCAGACAUCCAGAAACCUCUGCAUCCUUAUAAUCCCUGUGGGUGUAGCUUGCAGAACCUCAAAGGCUGGACAUUAGUUGUUGAUCGAGAACAUGGGGAAGAACUGAAAUUUCAUUGUCGAACAUGUGGCUGUUCUUACACAUGUAAAGAAGACUUUGAAGAGUACUGUCAAAAGAACAGCCAGCAUAUGGAUGGUUUCAAGAUGAAUUGCUGUCAUUGUUCAUUCCUUGCCCCAAAUUACAUAAGCCUUGGGAAACACAUGCGUGAUGAACAUGGCAUGUCCCGUUAUUGUGGUACCUGUCACCUAUAUUUUCUAACCGAAGAUGAAAUGGCAGCUCAUAAUGCAGCUGAGCAGCAUGUUAGUUUAUUAUCUCAAGAAAAUACUUUUCAGCCAUCUAACAGCGAAGUGGCUGUGCAAACAGCAUCCUGCACUGUGAUGGAAACAGGUAGUAUUCCAAAGGUAGAUUGUGACGAAGUGCAAAUACGGCAAGAAGUCACCAGGUCCUCUGUUGUACAUCCUGGUAAUGAGUUCAAGGAAUCUAUCUUGAGUAGAACCCAGUUUCAGUGUAAAAAAUGUUUUUAUAAAACCAGAUCAUCUUCUGUUCUUACAAGACACAUAAAACUUCGACAUGCUCAGGAAUACCAUUUCCUUUGUAAAGCAUGCAAUCUGUAUUCAUUAAGCAAGGAAGGAAUGGAAAAACACAUCAAGAGAAGUAAACACCUUGAAAAUGCCAGAAAAAAUAAUAUUGGUUUACGUUUUGAAGAAUGUAUUGAAAGGGUAUGUCUAGGUGCAAGUGAUGGUAAAAAACUAACAGAACCACUAGUGUAUGGGAAUUUAAAGACUGGAUCUGAAAAUGAAAGUAUGCAUGUUCCAUUCUGCACUUUAGAGAAUGUAUCAAUAAAUAAGGAGUUGUUUCCAUCAGGUGAAACCAUUAAAGAUAGUGAGUUGGUUCUGGAUAGUGCACCAAAAAGAGGGAGACCUAAAGGCACUAUUUCUCGGACAUGCCCUCAUUGUGGUUUAUUGGCUUCCAGUGUCACAAACUUGACUGUCCACAUUCGGCGAAAGCAUAGCCAUCAAUACAGCUAUUUGUGUAAAGUAUGCAAUUAUUAUACUGUAACUAAAGGUGACAUGGAACGCCACUGUGCUACUAAGAAGCAUAAGGGUCGUUUGGAAGCCAAUGGAAAACAAAAUGUAGAGAUCAUUGUAUGCCCAGAAGGAGGCAAUGUUGAAGUGAAUAGCAAGAAGGUAGCAAGUCCUGUGAGUAUUUCGAAUGAACCUGUUGACCAUUGCAAUCAGUCUUCACAUGUGGACAUUUCUGUUUUGGGAAGCCAGGAAGAUGAUCAGCUCAGUGCCAUUCAAAUGCAGGCUGAAAAUGUACUUCAGCUUCAUGAACUGCAUAGAAAUCAGGGCUCUGCAGAAAUAAAGCAACAAAGAAUUGCAGAACUGGGUACUACUAGCCAAGAUGGAGACUUGUUGACUCAAACAGGAGUUGCAAAUACAAAUGAUAAUCAGUGUAAUUAUUGCAAUUUUGUUGCACACUCUUUUUCUUCUCUGGAAGUUCAUGUAAAACGCAAGCACACUAAAGAAUUUGAAUACUACUGUAUGGCUUGUGACUAUUAUGCAGUUACUCACCGAGAGAUGAUUAGGCAUGCAGCAACUGAGAAGCACAAAAUUAAAAGACAAUCUUAUACUUGCACUUCUGGAGAGGAGACAGAUGCAACUGACAUUGCCAAAGAAAAAGCUGUAACGUCUCAAGAAGAACAUCAGCCCAUGGAAGAUUUUCAAACUGCAUUGAGUGAAAUAAAAUACAAAAACAAUAUUGAAGAGAAAACCCUUGGAGAGCAGGAGACUCUGAAAGUGGAGAAGUUGUCUAAAGCUGCUACAGAAGAUAGUGCUGCUUCAAAGGGUUUUAAAGAAGACCAUGUCUUUGAUGGUGUAGAUGUUGAGCUUGAAGCUAUUGGUAGCGUUCUGCAGGAAAAUGAAGACGCUCAAGCAACAGUGAAUACAAAUUUUGAUUUUACAACAGGAUCUGGAAAUAAAAACUUGGCUUUUGGCAAAGAAUCUUUGAACUUGAACUUCACAAACAAUAGGAACAACUUGGACGAACAUACUGAAAAAGAAUUUGGAAGCCCUGAGCCAGCUGCUGAGGAGGUGAAGGCAGAAGCCCAUUUGACUGUACUUUCAGAAACAUGCAGCCCAGCAGAAGAGCAAAAUAUGGAUGAAAGUGCUGAAGAGGCUAUGCAAAAUAUGCAUACCUUACAAGAAGAAAAAAACUUUCAUGAAGGUUCUACCAUAGAGGAAGAGCACUCACUGAUAGAUGCACAACAUGAAGCAGAAGUGUCUAUUCACACAGUUUGGGAUGCUGAUGGCUCCACAGUCGAAGGUAUACAAGACAGUAGCAACGAGGCUGUGAACAACUUUGCCAGUACUUAUCUUAGAGUGAGGGAGGGCACAGCAGUACAAAGCAGUGGCCAGUUUGAUUCUUCUAUAGUAAAACUAAAAAGCCACGAAGAAGGUUCUGAACCAGUGGAUCAUUUUGUGGAGGGACAGAAUCUAAGUGGACUGAAAGUCUGUGAUUUAGCCAUGAAAGCAGAGGCCUCACAAAGCGGCGGGAAAAAGAAGAAAGCCGAAGGAAACCCCCUCAAGGAAUCUACCCGUAUUCGCUGUGAUGACUGUGGUUUUUUAGCAGACGGUUUGAGUGGACUAAAUGUUCACAUAACCAUGAAGCAUCCUUCAAAAGAGAAACAUUUCCACUGUUUACUGUGUGGGAAAUCAUUUUAUACAGAAAGCAACCUUCACCAACACCUGGCUAGUGCUGGCCACAUGAGAAAUGAAGAAGCCAGUGUGGAGGAGUUGCCAGAGGGCGGCACUACUUUUAAAUGUGUUAAAUGCACAGAGCCGUUUGACUCUGAACAAAAUCUUUUUCUUCAUAUUAAAGAGCAACAUGAAGAACUGCUCCGGGAGGUCAAUAAAUACAUUGUCGAAGACACUGAACAAAUCAACCGGGAGCGAGAAGAAAAUAAAGGCAAUAUUUGCAAAUAUUGUGGGAAGAUAUGUCGAAGCAGUCACUCCAUGGCAUUCCUAGCUCAUAUCCGCACACAUACAGGAUCAAAGCCAUUCAAGUGCAAGAUUUGCCACUUUGCAACAGCUCAGCUAGGAGAUGCCAGAAACCAUGUCAAGAGGCACCUUGGGAUGAGGGAAUACAAGUGUCAUGUCUGUGGGGUGGCAUUUGUAAUGAAAAAGCACUUAAAUACUCAUUUAUUGGGAAAACACGGAGUUGGAACACCAAAAGAAAGGAAAUUUACAUGCCACUUGUGUGACAGAAGUUUUACAGAGAACUGGGCACUGAACAAUCACAUGAAGCUUCACACGGGAGAAAAGCCAUAUAAGUGCACAUGGCCUACAUGCCAUUAUUCUUUUCUCACAGCAUCAGCCAUGAAAGACCACUAUAGGACUCAUACAGGCGAGAAGUCAUUCCUAUGUGACCUUUGUGGCUUCGCUGGCGGGACACGUCAUGCCCUCACCAAGCAUCGGAGGCAACACACAGGAGAGAAGCCAUUCAAGUGUGAUGAGUGUAACUUUGCUUCUACAACCCAGUCCCAUCUGACACGGCACAAACGCGUCCAUACUGGGGAAAAACCCUACAGAUGCCCUUGGUGCGACUACAGGUCUAACUGUGCUGAAAAUAUCCGGAAGCAUAUCCUACACACAGGCAAACAUGAAGGGGUGAAGAUGUAUAACUGCCCCAAGUGUGAAUAUGGUACCAAUAUCCCAGUGGAAUUCCGCAAUCACCUGAAAGAGCUGCAUCCCGAUAUUGAAAACCCUGACCUAGCUUACCUGCAUGCUGGCAUAGUUUCUAAGUCCUAUGAAUGUCGGCUGAAGGGUCAAGGAGCUACAUUCGUAGAAACCACUAGCCCUUUUACCACAGCAGCCCUGGGAGAAAUUUCUCCAAUUAAAGAGAAGGUUCUUCAGAGUGAUGGAAGACAACUACCAUCCACCGAACAAGUUCAGCAAGUGAUUAUUAUUCAAGGCUAUGACAGUGAUUUUUCAAUUGAUGCCUCAGUUGAGGAAACAGCAGCAGCUACACUUCAGACAUUGGCCAUGGCUGGCCAAGUGGCAAGAGUUGUCCAUAUUACUGAGGAUGGGCAAGUUAUAACCACAAGUCAAAAUGGCUCUCAUGUGAGCAGUAUGAUUCCAGGACAAAUACUCACGGAACAAUUGCCAGAUGGAAAAACACAGGUGGUUGUCGUUGAAGGCCCUUUAGGAGGGACUGAUAUUGGAGAUGCUGUUUCCAUAGAAACAGGUUCAGACUCCAGUAAUGCUAUGGUACAGCAGAUAAUGAGACAGGAGAUUUUAGAUCCAUCAGAGGUUGCAAGACUACACCCACCGGAGUCUGCCUCAGCCUUAGAUGCCUUGCUUUGUGCUGUAACAGAGCUGGGUGAAGCAGAGAACAAAGCAGGACUCCUGGACAGAACACAGCUCGAUCACAAAGAUGCACUACAGAUCUCAGAUCCAGAAGCACACAUUGUUUCUAAUGGCAGCACAGUUCAGGAAACACAGAUGUUCCAUGACAUUCAAGGGACUGAUGAAGAGAGAGAACCUAUGGAAGUAGUAACACAGGUUGUGCACCCAUCUACCAUAAUUGCCUCUCAAGAGAGAGCAGAGGUCACCUUCAAGAAAAUGGUUGAACGAGUGUUACAGUUUGCUGUAUGUGAUACAGCUGCAGCAGACCAGCUGAUGAAAGAAGGUGUCACUCAGGUUAUUCUGAAUGAGGAAGGGACUGUGCAUAUGGUGGCUAGAGAAGGUUCUCAGAUAAUAAUGCAAGAAGCUGGCAGCCAUACCCUGAGUGUCCAGAGUGAACAUAUGGACUUGAUCGGCCCUGAUGGAGAAAUUUCACAGAUCAUCGUCACAGAGGAAAUAGCUCAAGCCAUGGUUAGGGAUUCUAACACCAGCUUCUCUGAGGGUGCAACACAUUACAUUGUAACAGGAUUACCACAGCAGUUAGAGGAUGAGUCUGGAGUAUAUUCACAUACUGUGAUAGAUGCAGAUGAGCCUCAAGAGAUUUUGCAGGCUGGCACUCUUGGGAACUCUAAUAGUAUAUCUUCUGAUGGAAAUGGCGAACACCUUGCUAGUAUGGUCAUUUACACAGAAGAGGGUUCACAAACGGCUGUUGUCCAGGGCCAAAGAAAUAGUAAUGAAUUACAGGAAGUAUGAAAGAAUCAGCGUUCAUACAGCUUUGGCGGCGGAUAAAAUGGGACACUUGGAGACAUUAUAAUUAAUUUAAUUUGUCAACAUUCUUGAGUGAUAUUCUUCUACCCAGAUAUUCAACACAUUCUGUCUGAAGUUAAUGUCAGUUGGGAAUGAUCUCCAGAAAG